UUCUUAUCCCAAUUCCCAACACACAGCGAGUGAGAAAACACAUUUUAAUGAAACUGACGUAAGGGUUUUCGAAACGAAAUUUUAUAUCAGUGAAUUCUUUCAAUCUUGUGAAAUUCGUCCCACAGCGCCCGUAUAAAGGUGUUUGGGAGCUUUUCUGUGAAUAUCCACUUCAGCAGGUAGUAGCAUUAAUUGUGAUGAAGGUUUGGGCUGAAAAUGCUUUGAAAAUGGGAAAUUCGGUUCCGUCAAUAGUCGCUAGUGAAAAAUUUGUACUUUCGGAAUAUACGUAUUUCACUUUGGAAGGUGCUAGUGCCACUACAUCCUGACGGGAUAAAAUUGUUGAAGUGCGGAUUGCUUCAUAUGCGUAAAUCGCAAGAUAUCUGACGCGUUAGCUAACAAAAGGAUCAUUGUGGUAUAAUAAGUAUACCUAUGCUGAAAGGUUCAACCAUUUGUACCAUUCACUGCAGUCGAGGAGUAACCACUAUCUGAGAAGGAGAGCAAAAAAGAAAAAAAAGUAUCGCUGCUACGUAAUAGCUUAUUUUGUGAAGUUUUUCGUGUUUGAACUGUUUUGCAUUUGUUGGAAAGUCGGUGCUCUACUCCAUCGAGAAGAAAGCUUCGUGUAAACAAUGGAAUAUUCUAGUAAUGACGUGAAGCAGCUGUUCAGAUCCAUCUAUACAUUGGUCAAACAGCAAGAUGAGUGCAAAUCUUCGCUCUCCGUAGCCGCCAUGCAAGCUAAUGAUUUCCUAGAGGAACACAGACAGUUAGUAGGUCGCUGUGUCACGCUACUUUUCGAGGACUACGAGACGGUGGGCAAAAAAGCUCGCGAAAUACUGUGGCGCAAGGGUUAUUACGAUCUAAUUUCGGUGUUCAAGAAACACCAUCACCAAUUACUGCAACAACGGAGUCAAGCUGCAUCUGACGAUGUAAAUUUGGACAGAAAAGAACAGAUGCUGAAACAAGGCGUCGAACGAUUGCUUCUGGAUGGGAUGAACCAUCUGAAGGUGAUUGUUCUGCGUCUGGCACAAAUUUUUAAUCUGGAAAAUUUACGCUAUCUGGUAAGUUAUAGCUUGUUGGAGGACUAUGACGACGAGUUAUUGGUACGGGAAUCCAGUUGCUAUGAAAAUCUUAAUCUGAAAGAAGAGAGAAAUGACGACGAGAAAAAAGUAAUGUACACAAAACAAGAGGUUUCUUUCGCAUUCGAAUCGAUUCACUCACUACUGACGGCUUUGGGAGAUCUUCAUCGAUACUAUUGUGAGUUUGGAUUAGACGGGUUGACUAACGUCAAAAGUGUUACAGCAAAUUACUACUGGGAAGCAUUCAAACUCAACACCAAAGUUGGAAUCACUCAAAAUCAGUUGGGAACUUUGUUCAACGGCGACAACUAUAACUUGGAUUCGGUCUAUCACUAUCUAUACUCGCUAUGCUGUCAAAUUCCGUUCGAAUGCAGUGAGAUGAAUGUAUGCAAAAUUUUUCAAAAAAACAUACGAUAUUUAGAAUCGAAUGCAAGCGAUGAGAUAGAAGAGGAAGACUAUGCGGUUCGGGAAUUCGUAGCAAAGUUUUUGCUUGUGGUUGACGUGUUUUUCUAUGACAAAAGCGUUACGGAUUUCACGAGCCUGUGCCACUCGGUCCUGAUAGACUUCAAGAACAUUUUAGGAGCUCGGCAGCUUGUUGACGAUGAGUUCUACAUGAAGGGUGAUUUGAUUUUUAAAAUAGUGUCGAUUCUAUUCUUUUGUAUGUACAAAGUGAAGGCCAACAAUUCUGACAAAAUUUAUAGCUUAAAUGCGUUCAUGGUCGCAUUAUGCUCGGAGCUGCUGGAAUACUGCACAAUGUCGUUGGAGAAGUAUGUGGUUGAAAAUGUCAGAGAAGAUAAAAAGUUUCGUGAGAUGUACAUGGCAUUAUACCAGAAGUAUGACGAAGAAGUUCGUAAGUCCCGCAUGAUGAUGAAAGGAAACACGACCGGUCUGAUCAAAGAUCAAAAGUCGUCGUCUGGCGUAGAGGAGGGCAAUGGCAGCGAAGAUCACUCAAACAAGGAAAAUGAUGAAGGUGAUAAGAAAAGCCAAACGAGUUGUAAGCAACCCGGUGGUCUGAAGAAACAUGUUCGUAGACGCCGCCGAGCUUUGAUGAACGAAUCGGAUUCCGACAUUUCGGAUGCUGACGAUAGAAGUGAUUUCCAAUUAGACUCGGACUCCGAUGAUGAUGAUGAUGUGAGCUCAAUAUCAAGUUUCGAAUCGUACGAUGAUUUUUCGGAUGAAGACGAAGAGAAACAGCGCGAAAGCACAUUCAAGGAAUCUAACGACCGAGAAACAGUCGAUUCGGGGGCAAUUCUAACUCAUACGCAUGAGCUUACUGAUAAGGAAAUCUAUAAUAACACUAAUUCGGAUGAUCAGGGAGUUCAACUCAAGUUCAAGAAACGGUACCACAAAUUGAAUCCAAACAUUGUUAUAGAAUUUGCUGAAAAUGAGCGUACAAUGCGCUCCCUAAAACUCUUGUUCGAUUGGUUACAUACAAACAUGGACAUUUUAAUAGGAUGCUACCAAUCGAACCCCGAGUUCAUCCAUAAUAUAAUGAAAUUAUUGAACCAUUUCAACAUCGAUAUCUUCUCCAAUCGCUACUAUUUCCCACGAAAGUUGGUAGUAGUGUCAGGCAUAAGAGAUGAGUUCCGAGAACUGUUUGAAAUUCGUAGAACCAUUCCGCUGGAAGAGGAUAUUGCUAUGAAACAAUUUCCACUUUUCGAAACAGCUCAAGAUGAGCUUGAUUGGGAAACCAACUACCGUUUGGAGGUUUCCUCUGCGGAGCAAAGUUUUCUUCGGGUCAUGAAAAUGGUUGAUUUCGGCUUUUCACUUUGCAAAUCCAAAAAAUUCGACUACGCUUUCUGCCCGAAGGCACGUGAUUUUAGUCUCAAGAUCAAGAAGCAGCGGAAGCCACAACAACAACGUAAGCAAGAGGAUCAGAAAAAAGGCACAGAAAAAGGAGUGACCCGUAGUCGCAAUCGAGUUCGCCGACGUGAACAGCAUGAGGAAAAACGUCGUCUCCGAAAACAUCAGGACGACCAAGAGCAACGUGCAGAUCUGAGAGAUCGUCGGAACCGCGAUCGUAAUCGUCAGCAAAGCGAACGUCGCAGGGCCUUCACUGCUAUCGAGGGACCAAAAUCCAGCCAGGAAGGUGAUGGCAUUAAAUCAACCCCUGCCAUCAUAACGAAAAAAGGCUAUUUGAAGAACCGAACCAAUGGCAAGGGGCAACUAUCAAAACCAGCGAAGGAUGAAUCUACCCAUUCGGAUACGACAGCCGAUGAAAUACAUCAAGAAAAAAAUAUUAAUGAAUUAAUGGGUCAGCUGUGGUUAAGAAAUGAAGUUAAGACUUUGGAGUCUAAGGUGAAACGAGUGGUUAAUAUUACUUUGACGCCAUACUUAAUGCUUGACUCGAAAUGCUUAACAGAGUACACCUAUAUCGUCAAAAAUUUGGUUAAAACAAAGAAAUUCGUUAUUCUGAUUCCUACUGCGGUUCUUUCGGAUUUGGACGAGCUUAAAAAACACAGUGAUGGUGCACGCAAUGCUAUUAAAUGGCUUGAGUACGAAUUCAGUAAGGGAAAUCGGUUCCUUCGUUCGCAGAAAAAUCACGAGGUUCUGCCAAUGCCCUUGAUAAAAGUUCCGAAAAAGCUUGAUCGUGAUGCCAAUGUUUUCUAUCAAAUCGUUCAGUUUUGCAACCACAUCGUCACAAACCAUGCCGACAAAGAUAGUACCGAUAUCAUCACUUACCUGUCUGGAGAAACGCUACAAGAUAAAAAAUUACAUAAUUCCAGCUACAUUGGUAUUCUGGAAGCGAUCCCCGUCAAAUUCGAACAAAUCGUUUCGUUCUACUCUAGCUACAAAAGAAAAUGAGCCUCCAAUUGGUAAACGAUCUAAUGUACGGCAUAACUGUCCAAGGAACUCCAUUUCUGAAUCAUGCUCUUGGUAGCCAUCGCACGAAACGGUCGUGGGUGGCGGAGGCAUGGGUACAAGUAGGAUUCAGGGUUGCUUUUUUAUCAGAUAGAAAAAAUCAACAGCAGCAGCAGAAAGCAACAGCAGCAAUAGCUCAUCAGAGGGAGUAAUUCAUCAAACAAGGCCACAUUAACAGCAUAAUCCUUCCAUUAAAUGUGUCUAUUACACCUGUUCCUCACAGUGGACGAAGCAGAAUUUGGUUGUGGAGAAAACUGAACGGGAGUGAAUCAAUCAAGGUGAAACCCGCGGUGCAACACGUUUCUUGCUUUCGUUUCUAAUUGGUGGGAAGGAAGGAAUAUCGUUUUGUUGGUUGAUAUCUACAUUUUCUUUUUCUUUAAUUCACCAUAUAUAGAACUAUAAUCAUCCUAUAAACAGCAAUAGAACCAGCAAAACAUAAAUUUCAAUGCCUUGCAUCAUUAACAAGCCCAAAUAAUU